CUGAAUGCCACAGGGCACAGGAUGGAGACCUGCCUGAAAGUCCUGCUGCUCGUCGGGGUGGUCACAGCAGCCCCCACGCAAUCAUCAGCCCCUCUGCCAACCCACGAGGAUGCGGUUUUAGCUGCAGUUCAGGUGUAUAACCAAGAGCCAGGCUUAACACUGGCCUAUCGGCUCCUGGAAGCUGAGCCGCAACCAGACUGGGAUGUGUCUUCUAAAACUAUCCAGCCGGUGACAUUCACUGUGAAAGAGACAGUGUGCCUGGUAUCAGAGAAACGUGACCCCAACCAAUGUGAAUUCAAAGAAGAUGGGCUGGUCAAAGACUGCUCUGGAUUCUUCUCCACUGAACAGGACCCCCCUUCCGUCAUUAUCAAAUGCGAGGAGGCGUCUGAGGAGGUGAAAAGAGAUCCACUCGCACUGAACGCCACAGGGCACAGGAUGGAGACCUGUCUGAAAGUCCUGCUGCUCGUCGCGGUGGUCACAGCAGCCCCCACGCCAUCAUCAGCCCCUUUGCCAACCCACGAGGAUGCGGUUUUAGCUGCAGUUCUGGUGUACAACCAAGAGCCAGGCUUAACACUGGCCUAUCGGCUCCUGGAAGCGGAGCCGCAGCCAGACUGGGACAUGUCUUCAAAAACGAUCCAACCGCUGAAAUUCACUGUGCAAGAGACAGUGUGCCCGGUAUCAGAGCAACGUGACUUCAACCAGUGUGAAUUCAAAGAAGAUGGGCUGGUCAAAGACUGCUCUGGAUUCUUCUCCACUGAACAGGACCCCCCUUCCGUCAUUAUCAAAUGCGAGGAGGCGUCUGAGGAGCCUAAUAUCAUCACACGGGGCCGCUGGGGACGUUGGAGGAGAAAAGCUGGUCGGUUUAUUAAGCGAAAUCGCUGGAACAUCAUUGCUACCGGUCUCAAGUUGAUCGGCUAACAAGAUCCAGAGAGAGAGGAGAUGAGAGCAAGCCGAUGCUUCCAGACCCAGCUGUGCCGCCAUUUCUCCUCCUCUGGAAACACCAUCGGAAGCAAGGCUUAUAACAAUCUGAACAGCUUCAGAGUAUCUGCUUCUACCUACCGCAUAGCCACUCUUUCAGUGCUGCUCACCAGGGCUCCUCUGCAUAAUAAAUUGGCAUUCUGCAAAUCUA